AUGACGCGGAAUUCGGAAAACACCUAAGUUCAAGAAAUGGAUUCAAAAAGAUUAGGUGAUAUAAAAGCCGAAAAUGCUAUAUUUUUCAUGUGUGACAUUCAAGAAAAAUUUAGACCAGUCAUCAAGUACUUCAAGGAGAUUUUAGAAAUCGCUGAAAAAUUGGUUGAAGCCACAAACAUUCUUGACAUACCUUUGGUUGUGACAGAACAGUAUCCAAAAGGUCUUGGAGAAACAGUCUCUGAACUCAAGGAGAAAUUGAAAAAAGACCAGGAACGUUACAGCAAAACAAAGUUCACUAUGCUUGUACCAGAGGUCAUCAGUCAGCUAGAUGCAAACACUAACAUCAAGCAUGUUGUUUUGUUUGGAAUAGAGACUCAUGUAUGUAUCCAACAGACAGUAAUUGAUUUACUACAGAAAAAGUAUGAGGUUCAUGUUGUGGCUGAUGCCUGCUCAUCAAGAACACAGAUGGACAGAACAUUUGCCUUUGAGAGGUUUAGACAAAGUGGAGCCAUUGUGACCACCAGUGAUGCCAUUUUAUUACAAUUGAUUGGUGAUAAAGACCAUCCACAGUUUAAAGCAAUCCAGAAGCUCAUCAUGAAAACUGCCCCAGAUUCGGGCCUUUAAAAAGUCUGAAGAUAAAUGUUCAUAUGAACUCCAUGCCUCCAUCACCCUACCUACAUGUAUUAUCAUUCAUUUUCAUCAAACAUUUCUAAGUAUUUUACAUAAAAGAAAUAAAUUGAUUGUGAACAUUGA